AUGGCCGAUGAUCUUCAGAUGGACGAUCUAGAAUCAUUCAACGUUCCACUUGGCUCAACUGAAUCGACACGAUCUUCCCCUUCUGCGGCUCACGAUAUAUUCGACGCUCCAACGGACUACAGCGGACAUAGCUUGAAUGGGUCUAACCCAUCAACACCUAUGGCUACCGACGACUUUAACAUGGCAUCAGACAUGCCAACUAUCAAAGUUCACCACCCGUAUGAUAUCGAGGAACCGGAUGAUGAACCUGACCCUGCUGUCCAAAGGUUAGAGUUGCCAAGUCUACCGGACCAUUUCGAAGGAUGGCAACGCGAGCUCAUAGAAUACAUGAAAGGCCUGGACAAUGAUCCAUCAAAACAAAUUAUUUAUAGGCCCUUGACGGCUCCUAAAAGAGGUCAGAAGCGCAAGCCAAGCAGUAUGCCCGGAGCAGGUUAUCACUCGUCGCACUAUCCUUGCUCAACGUUCAAGACUGGACAGGGCGAAGAGCCAUUACCGGUGCCUGGUCUACGUUCAAAGCGACGAAGGAGACGCAGUAAAGCUACAGACGAUUCUAUGAAAGCUACUCAAUCGGUUUCUUUGCAUGACUUCCGCGAUGAUGCGGAUAAUUGGAGCUCGAGCUCGGAUCCGUGGUCAACCGAUAGCAGCGCUGAAGCAAUGCACGAGUCCGCCAUAGCCGACGACAUGGAUAUUGACUGA